CCUCCUCCCUCAAUUUACUACUACAACUCCCUAGAAAAAAUCAAAUUCUGAUCUCCCAAACAGAUUUUACAGAGGAAAAGAUUUUUUUAAAGAGAAAAUCAAUGAAGGGUUCUUGGAGGAACUUGGGUGUGGUGGAUACUAUCUAUGAAGAGGAUGAGUACUCAUCUUCCUCUCCUUCUCCUCUCUCCCGGAGUCUCUGCUCCUCUCCUGAUCAUACUCCUGAUCUCCAUUGCAGAGUUGAAGAAUGGUCAUUAGCGACCGGGCAUGAACCAGAUGUGUUAAUACAUGUUCAAGAAACAAGUUUUCGUCUCCACAAGGAUCUUCUGUCAAAACGGAGCAUUUAUUUGAAACGGCAGUUAUCAGCACUCUCCGAGUUAACCCUCUCACCGCCGUUAAACAUAACGGCCGCCGCGUUCUCCCUCGUCGCUGACUUUUGCUACGGGACGGACAUUACCAUUACGCCGUUCAACCUCGCCGCUCUCAGGGUAGCGGCGGAGUUGCUCCAGAUGACCGAGACCAAAGGUGACGGCGAGGAGAAUCUGAAGCAGGUGACUGAAGACUACUUCAAUGGUUUGGUCACCGUUAACCAAGACUUCGCGUUGGUGGUUCUCCGUUCGUGCCUUGUUUUGCUCCCCGAGGCCGAAACGACGGCGUCUUUGGUUGGCAGGUGCAUCGAGGCGUUAAGCCUGACGGAAUACGGUGACGGCAUUGACAGUUUUGUUGACGACGUUAUGACGUUGCGACCCGAGGAUUUCAGAAUCGUAGCCGAGUCCAUGAAUUGCAGGUUUUCGUGCCAUGAUUUGCUGUAUCGGAUCGUUGACAUUUACAUGAAGGAACAAAAUGGGAAGAAGAUAAGUGAAGAACAGAGGACGAAGAUAUGCAACUCCAUAGAUUGCGUCAAGCUCUCGCCGGAUUCCUUAGUCCACGCCGUCCAAAACCCUCGAAUGCCGGUCAGGUUCAUAGUCAGAGCCAUGUUAGCCGAGCAACUCAACACCCGCCUCUCCAUCUGCUCCGCCGCCAGCAACCAUAGACAACACCUCUCACUGACCGAAGGACAACAUCACCGCACCAGCAGCAGAGACCCCUUAACCCUCGGCGCUAUCCUCCAACGCGACUCCGCACUGCGCCAAGCUGCGCAGCUCAAGGCUGUAAUGGAGGCCACAAGCUCCCGUAUAGCAAACCUGGAGAAGGAGCUGGAUACCAUGAGAAAACUCUUGCGUGAAUCUUCAGAGCUCGAAAGGAGUAAUCACAACGCUAGUUGCGUUGUGGGUCAAUCUAGAAGUGUGUUGGAUUCGGGUCGGUCAGCGAGCUUCCACUACGCUGCGAGGAACAAGGUAGAGAAAGGAGAGCGAGGGUCGAGUUCUUUAUUAAGUGUGACGUUUGGCCGAGAGCACAGAGCCGAGAGAUCAGCCACAAUAAUGUCGCCAUUAACAGAGAGGUCAAGCUGCAGAGAGAGCCCAAGAGGGAAGAUGAAUAUUGGGAAGAUGUUGUUUAGAGGGUUGAAGUAUGCGUUUGGGGUAUCAAAGCAAUACAAACACAGCGGCACUGAGCAGAAAAAGGAGGAGAUUGCCGACUGUUAUAAGGUUGAUGAUAAGGUGAGAAUUGCAGACGGUGUUGAGUUCGAUUAUGAACUUGAGGAUUUUAUUGGGCUUAAACAUGAUAUACCUGCAUACUUGAAGAGCCGACCUCUACGAUGAUUAUUGACUAUUUUUUUUUAAGAUUAAUUUUUUUUUUUAAAGUGGAAAAUGCCAAUUAAAUUAGU